AUGCUUCUCUCACUCACGCUGGUCGUUUCGCUUGCUGCUGCUGCUGCAGCAGCCCCCGUAUCAUUGACUACCCGUGCUGGGCGCACUUCUCCCCCCUCCGGCUGUCUGUCCGUUGGUAGCUCGGGCACAUACGCAACUGUUUCAGCUGCUGUUGCUAAGCUCAGCACUACCAGUACUAAAGCUCAGUGCAUCUUCAUCUUCUCGGGCACCUACAAGGAGCAGGUAUACAUACCGGCUCUCGCGUCAGCUCUGACCGUCUAUGGAGAGACCACCGAUACAAGUGGCUAUGCAUCGAACACUGUCACCAUUACACAGGGCAAGAGCCAGGAUGACUCCGCCACCAACGAUCUCACCGCUACUCUGAGGGCCUGGACAACCAACCUGAAGGUGUACAACAUCAACCUUGUGAACACCCGCGGCUCGGGCAGCCAGGCUCUUGCUCUCAGUGCCAACGCUGACAAGCAGGGCUACUACGGCUGCCAGUUCAAGGGCUUCCAGGACACCCUCUUGGCACAGACGGGCAACCAAGUGUACGCUAAGUCGUACAUCGAGGGUGCAACUGACUUCAUCUUCGGACAGAAGGCUACUGCCUGGUUUGAUAGUGUCGACAUCCGCGUUCUCGCUGCCUCCCUUGGCUACGUCACGGCCAACGGUCGCGACUCCGCAUCCAAUCCUUCUUACUACGUCAUCAACAAGUCUACUGUGUCUGCUGCCUCCGGUAAUACUGUCGCUGCUGGUGCUUACUUCCUUGGCCGCCCAUGGGGUAACUUCGCUCGCGUUGUCUUCCAGAAAACUACCAUGUCCAGCGUCAUCAACGCCAAAGGCUGGUCGCAGUGGAACACCGGCGACCCUCGCACCGAUUCGGUUACCUUCGACGAGUACUCCAACAGCGGUGCUGGCUCGACCGGGACAAGGGCUUCCUUCUCUCACAACUUGAGCUCCCCUAUUGCCAUCACUACUGUUCUUGGCAGCUCUUACACCAGUUGGGUCGACACUACCUACCUUUCCUAA